AAAGACCGAAAGAGAGAGCGAUUGAGUGUACUGCGUUCGUAUGAUUGGACAGUGGGAGGGGUAGUUUUGAAUAAGCAAAGCUCACACCUCUGGGAAAUACACUCAACAUUUUCCGUUUGGCUGCGUGAAGCCGGUGACAAGAAAGGCUACGGCAAACUGCAGAUGACAGCUGAUCUUUAGUCUACUUGCGAGAUGUACGGUAGCCUACCGUGUGUAACGUAUGUUACUAUUCUAAACUAGUUUUCCUGUGUCGGUUAUAUCGGUAACCGCAGUUGUCUUGGCCAGCAUGGACAGUGAAGCAAGGGCGAAUGGGGAGGACAUCACUCUCAACAAACUAGACGACAUAGAAGCAAACCACGACCGUCUUGACCCCUCUGGAAAGGUGUACCGAAUGAUUAACAUGAAUCACUAUGCCACUAGGAAGAGUGUAGCUCAGAGUAUGCUUGAUGUGGCUCUACUCAUGGCUAACUCAUCCCAGCUAAAGACUGUCCUAUACAUGGAGUCACAGUACAGAUUCUACAAACCUCUCAUAGUACUGCUGUCCAUGUCUAUUACGCUACAGGUUGUCGUGGGACUACUGCUUGUCUUUAUAGUGAAGUAUGAUCUGAAUGAUGUGAGGAAACACUCAAAGCUGAACAUGAUGAACAACACAGCAACAGUAUUUGUUUUCUUCACAGUCAUCAUCAACAUCUUCAUCACUGCGCUAGGCUUUGAGGGUGCUGUGAUAGGACUUCCAGAACCCCAAUCUUUCCUUCUGACCACUGAACAGAACCAGACCGGAGGCCUCUAGGCCACAACCUCAAAUCAUCCUCAGACAACUGGUAGGUUGUAGAGCACAAGCUUAGCACAAGCUGGCCUCAAUUUAACCGGAGGCUUGUACAACCUGAACACAACAUCAGCAGAAACCUGGAACCUAACCCCAACCUACAGUACUGUCAGUUAUCUCUACACUGACAGGGCAGUGCAGGUGCCAGAGGUCUGCACACUCAAAAAGUUCUACAGCUACACCAUCGAGAGCAUCCUGACCGGUUGCAGCCCCGCCUGGUAUGGCAACUGAUCAGCAUCCGACCGUAAGGUGCUACAGAGGG